GUGUCGAUUAUUUUUUACUUUCAACCACCUGUUACGAUGAUAUUUCGCACCCCCUUGCGCAUUGUCGCGACGCAUGUACACGUGUAGUGCAAAAAUACAUCGUUUUCGACAGUUACGUAAUUCGAAUUUCUACUUAUUACGUCACGUUUAGCAUUUGGAAAAUGAAAAAUACUGGGCCGUGGUCGAAGAAACUGACCCACUUCCUGGAGCUAUGUUUUUUUUUUCUUCGCUCGUCCUCACGCGACGCGAAUAUAAUAAUUAUUAUUAUCAUUAUAUAAUACCUACGUUGCAGCUGGAAUUAAAACAACGUCGCAAGCGAAAAGCUCUCGGGAUAUUUCGCUUACCGAGGGUAUCAUAUUGCCGGAUUAAAUGCAAACUCUCGCGGUACGCAUUUUCAGAAUAGCUGAUUUCACGAAAAAAUUUCAAGAAUAUAACGUGACUGACAACGAGAGGCUCCAGUAACUUGGAGAUAAUUAAAUUCAACCUUCUAAUAUUUUUUUUUACUGACAGUAAGGUCACCAACUGCCGGCCGACCAUUCCAUCUUGUAUACAGGUGGAACGCGUUAUUUCCUACAGCGUAAUUAACCGAAUUAUCCCCAAUUAAAGGCGCCUCCCCCACCCCCUGUCGAUUAUUGUAAAACUUUAUCUAAACCUGAUCUACUUUUCCCUCAUUACAACCGACUGUAUUACGUCUAAUAGCUAUCGCUUCGCUUUUCUAUUGCGUAACGCGUAUGCUGUGCAUAUAUGAAUAUACAAAUACAUUACAUUGUAUUUUAAGUCGCCGACUGCGUGGAUUGUAUUUUUAUCCAAUUCCUAGUUGUGUCCAGCGACGGGCUAAUUAUGCGGGACAGAUUUUAAAUAGUCGACCUAUAAAACCAGUGGCGUAAUGCAACAUUCAAAAAACUGAGCUUUCGUCGAUUUUCUUAUUGGAUUUCGUUCGGGGUCGAAAUUGCCCGAGCUGUUUCGAAACUAUAUUAUCCACUUUUACUAGAAUUACGUAAAAACUUUCGACGGAGUUUUUCUGGAAUCGCAUUCGCGAGGCAUACUUUUGAGCGCCACAAAAGUAACAUUGGAAAUUUGAAAGUGAUAUUACCGAAUCCGCAAGAAUAAAAGACCUUUACUUCAGUUUAGGUGGCUGAAAAACCUUGGAAGUGAAAGGUUCAGUUUUUCGCUUGAUAUUUCGUAUACCGUUUAUUUGAAAAUGGAAACAAGUUAAGCACCAGUCGGAUUAUAAAUUACAGGCAAAUGUCUCAUUAUAAAAUGAUAUUUUCAUUUUGCCUCCUUUUCUGUUCACGGCGUUCCUUUGUUUCGUGAGUUUACGCGAUGUAAAACUUGCGUGUAGAAAGUCAAAUUGGCUGUCGCAAUGUCCACUUCAAGGACCCUUUUUUUGCGGCUUAUUUAUGUUAGGGUCUUAGUGCUAAAAGCUUUGAUUAUCCCUCGGACAAUUAAAAUCCCUUUCGGUUUUGCAUGGCAACCUUCUAUGGUGGUUUGCACUUUCACUUUUUGCACAAUAAUGUUCCGCUUCUCAGAAAAGAAAUAAAACCUCUCGAUUUUGUACCAUUUUGGACGGGGGUUUAUAAGGGGGGUAUUUAUUGAAGAAACUUUUGGUUGGUUUAAUGCUUUGGGUUUAAAUUUCGUGUUUAAUGCCUUUAUUUAAAGUUUUCGAUAAUCGAUCGAUAAUUUAGGUACAAUUUUUAAGUUUGCCAUGGUCUAGCUAUAAAUUUUAAAAGAAUCACCGCUAAUUAACCUUUUCUCAAGGGUUUCGUAUUUCUAAAAACUUCUCUCCGCCCAAGACGCGCUAAAAAUCCCCCUAAAUAUUUACAUUAGCGAAAAGGGUUGCGAGCUAACAAGCCCUUUCAAGUGGAAACGUCUAUUUAUUUUAUAUAUUAGACGCUGUACCUGAAUAUUUUUAAGGCGACGCUUGAUUAGCUUUGUGAAAAGUUCGUUUAAAUAAAUAAUAAUGUCAGAUCAUACUUGACGAAUAAAUGACGAAGUUGUUUUUAUAUAUGUUAAUUACAUUUAAAUUUAAAAGAUAUCAUUUAUCAUCAUCAUAAUGUUACAAACAUUAGGUAUGUACCUAUAAAAGAGAUUUAAAAUAAAAGAUAUUUUUUUGGAUAACUUUUAAGGGUCAUGAAACACAAGAAACUUACGGCAUGACUCCGCAAAGGGUGCAAAAGUAAAUAUCAAAACUCCGUAUAGACGUGCGCAAAGAGCUUUCUAAACAUUUGGUCUCUAUAUGCAAAGACAAAGAGCACUCGCAAGAAAAUUCUUCUUACGUACAUUCGAAAACCAUGGGCAGGCAUAAUUUAUGAAAAAAAAACCUUGAAUCAUAAACGUACAAGCAAAACGCUCCGACGCGAUCAAUUGCUCGCAUUUGAAUAUGUUAGCAAUUACUGAGUAUUUAACUUUUAAACACAAUAGGCGCUUAAUCGUGGAUAUGUCAAUGUGGACUGCUUGAAAAGUAUGGAAUUGUAUUAUUUUCGCUUUUCGGUUUAAAUUCAUGACCAUUACGGGCUAUAAACUGAGUCUUGCUUUGUUCACACCUCUAAAAAUCGACAUCUUUUUAAGCUUUCAAGUAAAUAAUAUACUUUCGUAGUCCUUGCUUCCCUGAGAACAGUGUUCUUUAGUAAUAUUCGUCUGGCAAUUUCUAUUGAUUUGGAUUAGAAUAUUUGUUAAAGUGUAAUAGUUUUACGUAAUCUAAUGUUUAAUUAACCAUUUCCUUGUAGCUGUGUGACACUUAUUUUGAUAAGUUAUAAAACACGACUUUCAGCCUCUGGGAAGCACGUACAAAAUACAUUCUUGGUGUCAAAUAACAAUCAAGAGUACACAACAAAUAGGUAGCAACUUUGAGAAGGUUUUUCUUUUCUUUCAUUUCGGAAUACAGGUCUAAACCAAUUCCUGGUGUCAAAAGUAUAAAUUUUUUUAUACGGCCCAAAAAUCGACUUGGAUUAGAUGGCAUCGUUAGCUUAAUCCGACCCUGUCGCCUGACUUGGUAGUCGUUGCUCUGCAUGAAUUGAAGGACAUUUUGUUUUUAUAGUGUUAAUUUGGUUAAAUUUUGUUAGGCCAUACCACUCUAUGUUUGGUUAACGCUAUACGAGGCGAGUCGAUUGGCUUUUUGCAUCGUUUAUGUUUAAUAUUAACGCAAUUUCAAAUAUUGCGUUAAGUCUGAGACAUUGUUACAAUAUAUCCAUUAAAUCACGUUUCAUGUUUUCGAUUUUCGUUUUGGAGGCCACCUUUUGCAUGUCGAACAAAAACGAAACAGUCGUAAAAAGGGUCCGUGCAACUUUACGUGGAGAGAAAAAAAAGAGAGAAAAAAAGGGAAAGAGUUUACGACGAGACCCACGACUGUCGAAACAAAAGAGGGAUUGUGCAUUUUACAGAGUCGGGUCCAUAAAAACCUUAAUAAACCUUAUUCGAUUUGUUGCGCACAUAACUCUAUUAUUGCAUGGUGUUCCACUACAAUCGUAUAUUGUUUUCAUUGUUCAUAGGUGCUUCUGUCAGUAGAAACCAUUCGCCAUGUACUCAGAGGAACAAGAUUCUCAUGGUCUGUUAACCUUACACUACGGUAAACACCAUGCAACGAUAGUAGAUGAAAUUAAAACCUGCUUUGCAUCAGAGAACUUUGCUGACAUGACAUUCAUCUGCGACGAUAAAACAACCCUGAGUGCCCACAAGCUCAUCAUGGCCACCGCAAGUCCGCUGGUUCGACGCAUUUUGGGGGAAAACGUCCAUGCACACGGUCCCAGCGUUGUCUUACUUCCCGGAAUUAAAAGCAAUCAUCUAAGGCAUCUCUUGGAUUUUUUAUACAACGGACAAGCUUGCAUUAAGUCAAAUGACCUAGAAAACAUACAGGAACUGUUCGAGUUGCUUCAAAUCAAAUCUGAUAUGUGGCAGUCUUCUACUUCAGAAGAGGCCAAAAUUCAGUCUGACGACAGCAGCUGUUGGGUUCCUGAAGGUGAGAACUCCGAAUCAAUGUUAAUCAAACGCGAAGCUGACGACGACGAGAAGGAAGAAGGGGAGAUUAAGGAUUACGAUGAUGACGUCACCGACGAAACAGGCUCCCAGGAACAAAGUAGCGAAUCUUCGAACCCUGUUAAUUUAUCGAUUAGUACAAAGAAUUUAGAAAAAGAAGAUUGUUUUAAAGAUCACGAGAGCGGAUCGGAGCGAUCGGAUCAAGUAAAAAACACGGACGUGUUAAAAAUCGGGCAAACAUCGGUGAAAAUCGCCCCCAAAGUGCACGAAUUGUCGCAGUUCCACCACCACAGGGUGAAACGUAAAAGCAUGUACAUGGAACCUAUCGACUUAAAGCAACAGGAGGAAUUUUCCCACAUCAAGCCGCCGAUAACCGAUCCGAAACUGAUAUCGCUGGUACAAAGUCCUGAUAAUUACGUAGUGACGCCUCACAGGAAAAGAAGACCGGGCUUUCAUAAUUCCCCGGCUCAGAAUCCGCCGUUCGUGCCACUUUCGCCGUCUUAUAAUUUAGAUGAUGCUGGUCAUCACCCGACCCAUAGAUACAAGAACCUUCCACCGUUACUAACAGCUCAUCAUCCCUUGUCUUUAUCGGCGCCUCCGUUCGUUGUCGAACGAACUCAUACUCCUACACCAGGAACUCAUCCAGAUACGUCAUCGUCGUCCGAAAACGUGGUAAAAUAUAGACCACCCAGUGCCGACCAAGGAUUACUAUCUGAUACUUAUCAGUCGUUCGAGCACACUUGGAGUGCUUGGUCCGUAUGUCAAACUCAAGUGAACAUUCCUCCGGGUAGUGAAGACACUAGAGUUUUGCCGACUUAUUCGACGAAUACUAGUAGUGAGGACAAUGCGGAAAGUUCGUCCCAACCAACGGGAAGUAAACAGCAGUUGCCGGCUGUUCAAGUUCGCGAAUAUAGGUGUGAAUACUGCGGGAAACAGUUUGGUAUGUCUUGGAAUCUGAAAACUCAUUUGCGAGUUCACACGGGAGAAAAACCGUUCGCGUGUCGACUCUGCGUCGCCAUGUUCAAGCAAAAAGCACAUCUGCUGAAGCAUUUGUGUUCCGUGCAUAGAAAUGUUAUUUCGUCAAAUGAUCGUAACUCUGGCCGUUACAAUUGUUGUUUCUGUCCUAUAUCGUUUGAAUCUUUACCUGAAUUAAUAAGGCACUUGUCGGGUCCUCACAACAACCUCCUUUUAAGCAAAAAUAUGCACGAAUUGAAGUAAUUGUACAUUCCAUAUAAAUGUGGGUGUCGUAUAAAGCUUAUUAGAACGACAUCUUCCUCAAUUGUGAUAAACCAAGCCGAUCAAAAACCGUUUACAAUCGCGAGCUAUAUCGCACUUGAUCACCCUCAGGGACCAUAAUAGUGCCUUUUUUUUUAAAUAAAAUUUGAUUGACAAUUCUCAGCAUAAUUUGUUUAUAGUUCGAUGUUUAGUUUUAUCUCUCAACCGAUGUGUUCAAUUCGACUAUACGUACCUACCUGCGCGUGGUGUGUAUGACUAGUGAUAAAAAAAAUUGGCUGGACCGAUUUUUGUAAAAUGUUUCUAAUUUAUCGUAAUCUACUAUUAUAUACAUCACAUGUGGAUAAACCUUGACAAUACAACAACCGAAAAUGCUUCGGAUAAUAUUUCUUUAGUGAUAUUUUUGAUUAGAAAUCCGAGAUCAGCAUUUUUAGUUUUUGUAUCGAAAACUGUAUAUAUAAAACAUGUUUAUAGUUUUUACUACAAAACUGAAACGAAAGUAUAUUUUUUUUAAUAUACACACCAAAGAAAUAAAAUUUAAGUUGAAUUACAGUAACGAUUCUUUAUAAUUAACUUAUACAACCUUUUGACAAAUGCCGGAGCUGUUUUAUUUUUUCAAUGACUUAAUAAACUAGUGAUUAAGCCUGGUGUUCAAUUAUCAAGCUUCUUUAGAAACUACCUUUUCCCCUAUAAAACACGCCAACCAAGUUUAAAUUGCUAUCAAAAACGUGAAUACAAUAAAACCUAGUGUACAGUGAAGACUCGAUACCCGAAAAUGUUUCGAAUUUAAUAAAGUUUGACGAACCAUUCCGUCCAAAUAUGGAAAGCAAUUUUUACUCUUCGGAUAUAGUUUUAGUGCCCUGGGGUAUGUAUACGACAGGCCGUUUUGAAAGUGAGGGCUACGGAAGUGAUAUUAGAUAAGGCCAGUUGUAGUGAAGAUGUGGCGUAUGCUUGAUUUGGUCACCAAUACUCAUCCACUUGCAAGAAUCUCAUAACUAAAACAAAAAUUUAACGUAAUAAACUAAAUUACACAGCGAUCGUUAUAAUUAAGAUGGAGGCGUUGUAAUUUACUAUUUUCAAACAGUUAUAAGUUCAGAAGGUUCGUGAUUUUCUUUAUAAACACAGGAUGGUAGUGCAAUAUAAUUUACCAGCUGAUAUCAAAUCUGAAGAGUAAUUUAGAUGAAAAAAUCCAUGAACUAUUUUGCACCAAAUCGAGAGAUUGCUUUUAAAUAUGGUACAAAUGUGGUUAAAAUAGUGUUUCUUCAAAUUGUAUAUAUUAAGAUUGUUACAUACGUACUUACAAGAAAAUAA